UAAAGAAGUACUUCCUGAUGUCUGCAGCAGCUUGUGAAGUGUAGUUUCUCCAUCAGUUAUCGUUGUGUAGACGCUGAAGGUUAAAACGUGGCGGUACCUGUGUGUGCAGAGUGUGUAGACGUCUUACCUUUCCACAAAGUAACUUGUUUUCUGUCCGAAGAGGAUUUUAAUCAACUGUUCUCCGUUAAAGUGUGAUGCAGACAGUUGCGAAACUUAUGAAGGUUUUCGUAACGAGGCGCAUCCCGCAGGAGGGGAUGAAGAUCCUGUCAGCCUCUACAGUAUGUGAGGUGUCUCAGUGGGACUCGGAUGAACCUGUGCCCAGAGAAGAGUUUCUCAAAGGCGUGCAGGGUGCUCAUGGUAUCCUGUGUAUGCUGUCAGAGAAGAUUGAUGUAGAGCUUCUGGAUGCUGCAGGGCCAAACCUGAAAGUCAUCAGCACCAUGUCUGUGGGAUUUGACCACUUGGUUCUUCAUGAAAUCAAAAAACGUGGAAUACGUGUUGGAUACACUCCUGGUGUCCUGACUGACGCCACAGCAGAACUGACUGUAGCGCUGCUGCUCGCCACCGCUCGCAGAUUACCAGAGGCAGUGGAGGAGGUCAAAAAUGGUGGCUGGACCUGCUGGAAACCUCUCAUGCUGUGUGGUUAUGGACUCUCUGGCAGCACCGUGGGAGUGAUUGGGCUGGGACGCAUAGGCAUGGCCAUUGCUCGCAGACUCAUGCCAUUCGGAGUGAAAAGGCUGCUGUACUCUGGGAGAACAGCCAAGGCCGAUGCUGCUGAAUUGAAUGGAGAGUUUGUUCCCCUGGACACACUUGUGGCUGAGAGUGACUUUAUUGUUGUGUCCUGCUCCCUGACACCAGAGACUCAGGGGAUGUGUGACAAGGCCUUCUUCAGCAAAAUGAAAAAAACAGCAGUCUUUGUCAACUCAAGCAGGGGAGCUGUCGUGAACCAGGAGGACCUGUAUCAAGCUUUGAGCAGCGGACAGAUUGCUGCCGCUGGGCUGGAUGUCACAACACCUGAGCCACUUCCAACAGACCACCCUCUUCUUACUCUUAAAAACUGUGUGGUGUUACCACACAUCGGCAGUGCCACCUACUCCACCAGAGGCGUCAUGGCAGCUCUGUCAGCUCAGAACCUGCUGGGGGGUAUACAGGGCACAGAGAUACCCACUGAACUCACUUUCUAGUGCCACAAAACCCUGCAGUAUGUCAAAAACACUAUAUAGGCUUUAUUUAGGUUGAGAGCUGUAUUUGAACCCCAAAGCCUUACUAAAUGUGUAAGAUUAGCCUUUGACUUCUUAAUCCACACUUUAUUCUGAUGCUAAUACUCCAUGUUUACUGUAACAAAACAGUUUAACACUCCAGUUCUGUGUCAAAUUAGAAACUAUGAACAAUAAAAACUGAUGGCUUAGCUCUUUCA